GGGACUACAAGCGCCUGCCACCACACCUGGCUAAUUUUUGUAUUUUUUGUAGAGACAGGGUUUUGCCAUGUAGGCCAGGCUGGUCUCAAACUCCUGGCCUCAAGUGAUCCACCUGCCUUGGCCUCCCAAAGUGCUGAGAUUACAGGCAUGAAGGACUGUGCCUCGCCCCCCAUCUUUUUUUUUUUUAAGGUAGAGUCUUGAUCCGUCACUAGUUUUCAAUCAGGGUAACACAGGGGCUCUCAAUAGGGUGUGGAACUCUGCUAGAAAAAUCACAUUAUGAGAACAGUUAUUAUGUGAUCACCUGUUGGAAAAUGAAUAACAUAAAAUAAUUACAUUUAGGAAACAAAGUGGAAAAAACUGCCACAAACUCAACCAUGGUCGUCCCUGGGGGCCCAGACUCCGGGGAUUUUAACUUCCCUCAUCCUGUGUAUUUCUCUAAUGUUUAAAUGUUUAACGAUACUCUUAUAAUGCUUUGGCAAUUCAAAUGACAGAUGAAGCAAAAAUGUUUUCAAAGACAGUGGGUAUCCAUCCACCAUCCUCUCCAAACUUCCAAAACAACCGGGAUGUGCCAUGACCAGGAAGUAUUUAUGCAGCAUAAAGGAUUUUGUCCUGAGCGCAUACCAUUAAUUAUUAAAGAGAGGCUGUCAGUCCCAUCAGAUGAGUUUAAUGUUUACUUUGAAGAUUGAAAAGCUAACGCGUUCAGUCCUUCACUUUGCACACUGUCGGCUAAGGUACUCGUUUAAAAAAGAGGAAACGAAGGGGAAAUGGUGUGAUUUGUAUUGUUUUCUUGACAUACCUGAAAUACUUUUACUACUACUGACAGCUCCACUGCUUUCCUCAUUUUCCAGCUUAGGAAAAUCGAUUGCUGUUAUGAUAAAUCCUGAUCCAGUGAGAAAGGGAGACAGAGCAAGAUGUAAAAUGAAAGAUAAAUGCAGAAAGCUGACAGCCUGGCUGGGGAGAGGAGGCCAUGGGAGGGAAGGAGGGGGAGGGAAGGAAUACAGAGGUGGCUUCCUGGAAGAGGUGCCCAAGCAGGCCUGGAAGAGGUCGGUUUGGGAACUGGGAGAGUGCAGGGGAGGGCAUCUCUGAUGGAGAAGCAGCAGCCAGUGGGCAGGAGCUGCAGGGAGCCAGCCUGCAAGUGGGCCUGCCUCCUGUAACCCUGAGGCUGGGUUGGGGUCCCCACCCUGGCUGUGGCCCUGGCCUCUGGGGAGGUGCUGGCCAGAACUGGGUGGCAGGCCCAACCUACUCAGACCCUGGACUCUGCCCAGGGUUUUCUGCGGAAGUGACAAGGCAGGUCAGAGCAAAAGCAGGUUGGACCCAGCUUGUCCCCACAGAGACGUGUGCUUCCCUCUGUCUCUGAGAGCGACCUGUUAACCACGAAUACUUGGAAGGUCUGGCCCAUGGAGAACUACCCCUCAAGACGAAGAGAGUCCAUCUCUCUCACACCUGUGGCCCAGGGGCUGGAGAACAUGGGAGCUGAGUUCUUGGAAAGCCUGGAGGAAGGCCAGCUCCCUAGAAGCAACUCGGAGAUGAGAGGCAGCCGGAGCGAGGCGGGGCCAAAGACCUUCUCCAGAUGGAGGAAGCUGCAGCCAGCCCUGAGAGCCCGAAGCUUCUGCAGGAAGCACACACAGCUGUUUCGAUGGAUCGGCACAGGCCUGCUCUGCACUGGUUUCGCCGGCUUCCUGCUGGUGGCCUGCCUCCUGGAUUUCCAGCGGGCCCUGGCUCUGUUUGUCCUCACCUGUGUGGUCCUUGUCUUCCUGGGCCACCAACUGCUGAAACGGCUUCUGGGGCCAAAGCUGAGGAGGUUUCUCAAGCCUCAGGGCCAUCCCCGCCUGCGGCUCUGGUUUAAGAGGGCCCUAGCGCUUGCUGCUUUCCUGGGCCUGGUCCUGUGGCUGUCUCUGGACACCUCCCAGCGGCCGGAGCAACUGGUGUCCUUUGCAGGAAUCUGCGUGUUCAUCGUCCUCCUCUUUGCCUGCUCAAAGCAUCAUUGCGCGGUGUCCUGGCGAGCCGUGUCUUGGGGACUUGGACUGCAGUUUGUACUGGGACUCCUCGUCAUCAGAACAGAACCAGGAUUCAUUGCAUUCCAGUGGCUGGGCGAGCAGAUCCGGACCUUCCUGAGCUACACAGAGGCCGGCUCCAGCUUCGUGUUUGGGGACGUGCUGGUCAAGGAUGUCUUUGCCUUUCAGAUUCUGCCCAUCAUCAUCUUCUUCAGCUGUGUCAUAUCAGUUCUCUACCACGUGGGCCUUAUGCAGUGGGUGAUCCUGAAGAUUGCCUGGCUGAUGCAAGUCACCAUGGGCACCACAGCCACUGAGACCCUGAGUGUGGCUGGAAACAUCUUUGUGAGUCAGACCGAGGCUCCGUUACUGAUCCGGCCCUAUUUGGCAGACAUGACACUCUCUGAAAUCCAUGUUGUCAUGACCGGAGGCUACGCCACCAUUGCGGGCAGCCUGCUGGGCGCUUACAUCUCCUUUGGGAUCGACGCCACCUCGCUGAUCGCAGCCUCCGUGAUGGCUGCCCCUUGUGCUUUAGCCCUCUCCAAGCUGGUCUACCCGGAGGUGGAGGAGUCCAAGUUUGUGAGGGAGGAAGUGAAACUGACCUAUGGAGAUGCUCAGAACCUCAUAGAAGCAGCCAGCACUGGGGCCGCCAUCUCUGUGAAGGUGGUUGCCAACAUCGCUGCCAACCUGAUUGCGUUCCUGGCUGUGCUGGCCUUCAUCAAUGCUGCCCUCUUCUGGCUGGGAGACAUGGUGGACAUCCAGGGGCUCAGCUUCCAGCUCAUCUGCUCCUACAUCCUGCGGCCUGUAGCCUUCUUGAUGGGUGUGGCCUGGGAGGACUGCCCAGUGGUAGCUGAGCUGCUGGGGAUCAAGCUGUUUCUGAACGAGUUUGUGGCCUAUCAAGAACUCUCCAAGUACAAGCAACGCCGCCUGGCAGGAGUCGAGGAGUGGGUCGGCGCCAGGAAACAGUGGAUCUCCGUUAGAGCUGAAGUCCUGACGACAUUUGCCCUCUGUGGAUUUGCCAAUUUCAGCUCCAUUGGGAUCAUGCUGGGAGGCUUGACCUCCAUGGUCCCCCAACGGAAGAGCGACUUCUCCCAGAUUGUGCUCCGGGCGCUCUUCACGGGGGCCUGUGUGUCCCUGGUGAAUGCCUGCAUGGCAGGUGAGUGCAGGCCUGGCAGGCUCAGAAUGUGGAACCCUGAUUUUCUGGUUAGCCCAGAGGCCCUGCCCACCCACCGCUUUCCCACCACAGGCAUCCUCUACGUGCCCAGGGGGGCUGAAGUCAACUGCAUGUCCCUCCUGAACAUGACCCUCAGCAGCAGUAGUUUUGAGGUAUAUCAGUGCUGCCGCGAUGCCUUCCAGAGCAUCAACCCAGAGUUCAGCCCAGAGGCCCUGCAGAACUGCUGCCGGUUUUACAACCACACGAUCUGUGCCUAGUGAGGACAGAACCUGUUUGUGCUUCUGACCUUCCCUUUCCCAGGGCCCUCCUCAGGGAAGCCUUGAGACUCAGCCCUUGCUCAAUCCCACAACUGGGAAGGGGUCAUGGAGUGAGGAUGCAGAGAGUGAGUGGGGACAUCAGGAAGGACAUGUCCUACUGCACCUCCUUCCUCCUCCCCCCUUUUCUACCUCCCCCAGUGCGAAUUCUCAGGGUUACCUCUGCCUUCUCCCCCUUCCCCUCCACAUCUGAGCGGCACCCUGGUCCUCUCUCCCCCGCUCUCCUGGGGUCCCUCACAUACCCCUUCCUUUCUGUUGUGGGCGCACACCAAAGCCUCCUCCCCUCCCCACCUGGGCACCAGGAUCUCUCUGUGGCUUCCCCUGCCAGGUGGUGUCGCCCCUUUCUCUGCUUUCAGAGACUCCCUUCCCAGCUUCCCAAACUGAGGUCCCAUGGUACACUCCCGAGAGGCAUUCAGAGGGUUCUGUGAUCCACUAGAUUUGGAAACACUGGGUCAAAUAAACUUAGAGUAAGCUAUUUGAA